GGACGGCUUAAACCACAGAAACGCGUUGCCUCCGAGUUCUGGGGGCUGGAUUCCGGGGCCAAGGUGUGGGCAGGGUUGCUGUCUUCUGAGGCCUGGCGGGAGGAAUCUGUUCCAGGCCUCUCCCUCGGCUUCUGGUGGUUUCCUGGCCAUCCUGAGGGUUCCUUGGCUUGGAGAAGCAUCGCCUCCAUCUCUGUCUUCAUCUUCACGUGCUCUCUCUCUCUCUCUCUCUCUCUGUGUGUGUGUUUGGAUCCGAACUCCCCCUUUGUGUAAGGACCCCAGGCACACUGGCUGAGGGGCCCACCCCACUCCAGCAGGACCUUGUCUCAGUGAAUAACACCUGCAAUGACCCUGUUUCCAAAUAAGGUCACUGUCUGAGGUUUUUUUUUUGGGGGGGGGAGGGUGUCACCAUAUGAGCACUGAUGGCACACCCUCCAACCCCAAACAGGGGCACCUUAUUGAGCGCCUCAUUGAGGCAAGAGGAAGAAGCGUGGCCCAGGAGGAAGUCCCAACUCUAGGUCCAUGUGACAUAUGAGAUGCCAGCCUGGCAUCAUGACUGUGCUGAGAAGUGCACAGAGGGUGAGAGAAGCAGACUGCGCCCAGUGGCUCUUUGUUGUGGUCCCCAUCUCCCGCCCCAGCUGUGUGCUCAGUUCUUAGCCCUGUGGAGUGGAUGUGCCCUGGAGGGGUAGGAGCCCAAAGAGGAAGCCUUUAGGGAGUAGAAUUUGUCUGGGCAAAAUCGAGUUUGUAAACCAGGAUGAAAAGGUUUGCUGAGAUGUGACAAUAGAGUCCACCUAAGACUAUUAUGAACUGCUUGGUAAGGGCAUUAAUUCCCUUAGUUGGAAAGUAAUUAACAAGAUGAUUUCUGGGAAAAUAUUGUUUGAAAUUAACUAGUUAUUGAAACUGUCUUGCUCAGAGCUAACUGAAACUAAAACACCUUUUAAAGGUGUCAUUUAUGAGAAGCCAGGUUCUAUUAUGCCCUGGCCUUGGAGAAGAAUUCCUGAUACUUAAUGGGCAUGGAGAGAAAAUACUUCAGGCAGCUUUUUCCUAAUUUGAAAGACAGAGUUCUGUGUCGGUUGGCUGCAGAAGCAACAGGAAUGGAGCAGAGGGCCUGGAAGAGCAGCCUGCCUGCCACCGGGCAGGACUCAAACCAACCACAAAGUCCUCUUGAGCCAUCCAAAUCAUCCAAGCUGGGCACCACCUCCUCUUGCAUGGAUCCAUGGAACCGUUUCUGAUUAUGAAAAGCAUACUUGCAUUUCCUUCCUAGCAGCUCUUCAAAGCUCGGCGUUAGCUUCGACUCUUGAUUCGUCUAAUGAGAGAUUUAUAAAUGAAAUCAUCUCAUAUUGACACUAAAGAGCACAUGAAAAAGCGCUGGAAGAAUAAACAAGAAAAUAAUAAAACUGGUUACCUCGGCUUGUCAUUGGGGAACAGGGUAGAUGGUGGCAAGAGGGGAAGUGACAAUGAUUUCUAUCAUUUGAUUUGUGUGGAGUUCUAAUUUGCGAACAGCUUACAAUGUAAGUGUAUAAACACACACACUUUCUGGAUUCACUCUCUGCGUGUGUAUUUUCUUGGCUUGCAUUAUCCAUUCCAGGCCCCUAGUCAUCUUCUGGAAGUGUCUUUGAAAGCUUCUGCGUCGUGCAUUUAAUUGCUCGCAGCUCUCUCGGUUUUGCCCACAGUGAAUGUGAGAUGCUCGUAAGACAUCGGUGUGUGUUCCCAAUGGGCCAGCGAGCCAGAAGGAGUGACAGCAAGGUCUCCUUUUUAAUAAAUGGGUCAGAACUAGAGUUAUUUUCAAGUGAUUUGCUAUAAAAAUAGAAAUCAGACACCUGACCUAAGAAGAUGUUACAAAAGCAGAAAAGAAACUCUGGGGUGCUUAGAUGUCUGCGGUGCAGUGGAAUCUUCUCGAAGCAGAGGACCCGAGUCUGGAGCCUGGGCUCUGGGAGAGGCGGGAAGGAGCGCCUGUUAAGGAGGCAGACCCCUGGCUCAAGCAGUCGGGGAUAUCCCAGCGGUCGCAUUGGGCAAGGACAAAAGAAUUUAAUUGCGCUGGGAAGACUGCUAUUAAAGGACAUUUUUCACAGGCCUGGAGAAGGUUACUGAUACGUUGAGUAUUACUGCUGGCAGACGGGAGCCUUUGGGUUACCAGAGUCACGGUCGGGCUGUGUCAUCAACGCGGCAUUUCCAUUAAAAUGGAAUCCCUGAAACCAUGGAAUUUGAGGGCACUCUUAGGAUGUCCUCGAGAAUCCAUAGCCAUCUCAGCGUCUACCUGGGCCUGCUGUUUGGAGAAGAAUCUAUGCUCCAAGAGCCCCUGUGAAGCUGAGAUAUCUUGCAGGGGUUCAUAUGUUCAGCACACCCCCUGGACCACCUGCUCUGUGCCAUCCUGUGAGCAGAGCUUUAAUGUGUGGAUGCGCCUCUCAGCCAGGGCCCUCCUCUCCUACCUGCUCGCAUCUUCUUUUUGGUCAAGAUGGGUCGCAUGCGCCUCAGUGGCCGUAUCUGCAAAGUGAGGGUAAUAGUACCCCCUCGGAGUUUUUGUGAGGCUUAAAAAAGAUAACAGUCCUAAAAUGGUUGGAAGAGCGCCUGGCAUAGAACAGGGAAUCAACGGAGAAUAGCUUCUAUCCUGGUAACAGCUGCUUUCCACCGUGAAGCAUUUCUGCCAGCAUAUACCAGCAGUGUAGUUUUUACAUCAUAGAAUAUAUCGGCUCCAUUGGGAUUUCUCUUGUGGUGCAGCAGGUUAAGGAUCUGGGAUUCUCGCUGCAGCGGCUUGGAUCACUGCUGUGGCAGGGGUUCGAUCCCUGGUCCAGGAACUUGCAUAUAAAUUGGGCGUGGCAAAAAAAAUAUAUCUGUUCCAUAAAGGGGCCUAUGUCUAGAUGUACCUCUGUGCAAAGACCGUUCGAUUUGGGCACACCCAAAUGGGUUUAAUGAGGAAGUUUAUAUAUGAAUGAUCCUAUCAUGUACAAAGACUUAGAAGCUGUUUUAUAUCGGCUGCUUGGGAUUUAUGAAAUCUUCAUUGGGUGAUUCCCACGUGUAGGCAAAAUUGAGAACCAGACUCUAGGAGAUUGGUAAUAUUUAGAAAUAUUUGAAAUUUAAAAAGCAAUUAUUUUAAACCUCAUGUCGUAUUAAGUUGUAAGUUAAUUCUACAUACCGAUCAAUUUGGUGGUGCUCUCUCAAAGAUCAUAUUUUAGUGUACUGAGAAGAAAAUUUUAAAGGAUGUCUAAUGAAAUAUACUUUUGGUCUGUUACUAGAAAGAACUUAGGCAUCAAAAAUUAGGAGACUUUGCUAUAGUUUUUGUGGAGUGAAGAGACCUCCCGAAAGCUCCAUGUAAAUUUUUUUUUUUUUUUUUUUUUUUUGCAUUUGUAGGUCUAGUAGCAAGAGCUCAGACUUUUUGAAAGAGCCCUAGAUUGGGAAUGAGGUGAGUGGUGGUCUGAGUGCUGCUCUCUCUCGUAGGCUGGAACAAUUUUCUGAGCCUCAGUUUUACAUCUUUAAAUGGAAGUACUAAAUCCCUGUCUUGCUAGUUUACCAGGGGAUGCUGAGGAGCAUCAUGGGAUAAAAGUACAUCCUGCUCAUGUGAGCAGCGAUCAGCAGGUUACAAAGCCUUCCUCAUUCGCUAUCCUACCUAUUAACCUUUAUGCCAAGCGCAUGAAGAGCAAAGAAAAAGAUUAUUCCCAUUUACCCAGAGGGAAACUGAGGCUUAGAAAUGUAAAGUGAGUUCUUAAUGACCAAAGCGUUGAGCAGAAUCGGGAUUCCCUUAUUUUUGGACACACUACAAAAUCCCUGAGAUACAACAGAACCUUUUUCUUUGGUUGGUGUCAGCUUAGGUUUUCACCAUUCCUUUCUCUUUCAGUUCUCUUUGCAGCUUGAGUAUUUGGUAUUCGUUAGGGGUAUUGUAGCAUUUAGGGAGCUCGGUAGGCUCGUCAAAAUAAUUUUUCCCUAAGCUUAAGUCAAGCACUUUUUGUCAGUGCCUUCCUCACAACAUCUGUAUCUGACACUGCUUAUUUAUGCACGAGACGGUCUCACCCAUAGCAUGCAGUAAGUGACUUAGAAACCAAGGGCCUUUACCUUAAGGAGUAAAAAGUCAAAUGGGAGACAGAGAACCCCAGUUAAAUCACUACAAACUCACAAGAUUGAGCCCCCUUAAUGAGCGUGGUAUAACCUAGGACUAGGAAUAUCCAUGCAGCAGAAUAUUAUUCAGCCAUAAAAAAGGAAUGAAGUACCGGUCCAUGCCACAACAUGGAUGAACCUUGAAAACAUUUUGAUAAGUGAAGGCAGUCAGGCACAAAAGACCACACAUAUUGUAUAAUUUCACGUGUAUGAAAUUCCCAGAAUAAGCAUUCAGAGAGAAAGUGGAUUAGUGAUUGCUUAGGCAUGGGCCAGAUGGGAGGAUUCAGGCCGGGCUGAUGAAAAGAUUCUAAAAUUCUAUCAUGGUGACAGUUGUGAAACCCUGUGAAUAUACUGAAAACCACUGAUUGUCCCCUUGAAAUGGGUGCAUUGAAUGGUAUGUGAAUUAUAUCUCAAGAGAGUUGUCGUAAGAGUUCUAAAGACAGGGCGGGGACCAGAAGAGAAGGGACGUAGGUGAGGAUGAUUUGACCAGGGUCCUGGUGGAGCUGAGUCUGCGUCCAUUUUCAGGAGUGGAGGGAACGGGGUAUCCCCCAGGCGCCCCAGCAGGGGAAUAUGAAAGCUCUCUCCCUCCAGGACCUUCUGGAAGUACUGGUGUGUAUGUACAUUGUUGUAAAAAGCACAGACUUAAGGGAACUCGGAGAAUAAGCACUGGCCCACUUCCCUGAGACCUAAAGAAAUUGGCAUGACUGGGUGGGCAGCUGACAGAUGUGGAGAGUAAAUAUCUUGUGUGCUUUCUAUCCUUUCGUUCCCAUCUUGAUUUUUUUUUUUCUUUUCAAUAAGAGCCAGCAUCGAUGGGGGGAGAGUCCACCUGCUGAAGAGGGUAGUUGUAUGCAGAGGCCUCAGUAAGUCCUGCUGUGGAAAUAGGACUCAGAGGUUCGACUGAUGUUAGCAACCCGUUUUCAAGGCCAUGUUCACAUCCCCAAAUCCGAGGUUCCUGUGUGUCUUCCCUAUAUGUGUAAAAUAAUUAUGGCCUGUUUUUAGCUUUUUGGAACAGUUUGGAAGAUAGCACUUUGCAUCAAAGUGCUCAUGGAUAUUAGCGAUAAAAUAAGUAGGAAACCUGCAGGUGAUUUUGAAGGUAUUGAAUAGCAGGGGUUUUCUUUUUUUAAACUAGUAUUAGGUCAGUGUCAAAUUCAAAAUAGGACUAGAUAGUGAAAAAAAAAAAAGUGCCACUUGGAACUCAGGAACAUGGAGUGAGUAGAAACAUCUACAAAUUAUAUAGAAGACAGAAAUUCAUUCAGGAAAACCACAAGGAGUGAUUUGUGGCUUAUGUUUGUCCCUUGGGUAAAUUAAGUAUGUAUUUCUAUGCCUUUACACAGAUAUUAGCCAAAAUAAAGGCAUUUUCGUGCCAAUUGGAUUAGAAAACAAGUGAGACAGUAUUAUUUACCUCCAUAUACAUUGUUACUGCGGUGAAUCCUGUAUUAGUUGGCAGUAUUUUUAAACAAAUUGGUCAUUUCAAAAUAUCAGUUUUUUUUUUCAUUUCCCCAACUAGCUUUGUAAAAUAACCAAAUUAGGUAAGCAGUGAUUAUUAAACUUCCUGAAAUAUACAAACCAAAUGGACUUAAACCGGUUUUUCCUCUCACUCGCUCAGCUUCUUCCCACAGAUGUAGUUAAUUUUUACAAUCCCUUUAGGCUCUGUACGUUUUGGUGUAAGGAAACUAAUGGUUUUUCUAUACUUGAAUCCAAAUUAAAUUCCUAAAGUUUUUCCCUACUGGCAAUUUCCAAUAAAAUACAGUCCUAAGGAAAGUUGACCAACGGAGUGCAAAUGAGGCUAAUAUUUAUUCUAGAGGGACACACCGCGGGGUAUUGGGAAUAGAACUAGUUUGGGAACCAGAAAACCUGAGUUCCUGCCUUGUAGUUCUGCCACACACCUGCUGUGAAGCCCAAUUUGCUCGUCUGGAAAAUGAAGGGACCGGGACUGAAUGAUGGCUACAGUGGCUCUUCUGAAAGACCAGCCUGCAUCGUCAGCCCGGGGUCCUACCACUGCGAGCUGAUGAAGGCGGCGUCGUUGGACUUUUUCCAUCUUAGUGAAUCGACACCUGUCCUGGGUUUUAUCUUCCCAUGAAUGCACCUGUGGCCUCCGAUGAUGAAGAUGGGAGUCACCAGACUGCAAGGUCAGGUUUAAGGGCAAGGAUAGGAGAACAUCUGAGAGAAGGACCUGAUAAGGAAAAGAGAGUACUUGAACUUGACGAUGGAAGAGACACAGGUUUCUCUGCCACUGCCUUGAUGAGGCUGUGCGUAUCUCCCUUCACUGUGUGUUCAGAGGGAAGCUUCUCUGUUAGAGGAGGCCAGGGAAACAGAUUGGUGCGUGAAACCAGAGCUGCUGUAAAAGACCCACGCUAGAGAGUAGCUUCUCGCCGUCACACCUUGCCUUGGAGUGAGGAAGAGACCCUUGUGUGGGUCAAUGUGAGGUUAGCGGCGCUGCGCCUUUGUACCCAGGUUUCCUCCAUGUCUGCAGCUCCACGUCGGUGGAUUCAACCAACGUCAGGUUCAACCAAGCCCGGACUGUGUGGUACUGUUGUAUUUGCUAUUGGAAAAAAAAAAAAAUCCACGAGUAAGUGGACACACACAGUUCAAACCAGUGAGGUUUAAGGCCUUGUCACUAUGAACAAGACCGUAGCGCACUUAAGAAAAGGGAAUGGGAGCGGAGGAAUCAAGAGGUCCAGCAAGAAGAUGAUCUCUUUUCUUCAGGCUUUGAUCUUUUUGGGGAGCCCUACAAGACAAACAAAGGUGACGCACUUGCCAACCGAGUCCAGAACACGCUGGGAAACUAUGAUGAAAUGAAGGAUUUGCUAGCUAACCAUUCUAAUCAGAAUCAUCUAGUGGGAAUCCCAAAGAAUACCGUGCCCCAGACUCCCAUCAACAAAAAUGAACCAAGCUUUUUUCCAGAGCAAAAGAACCGGAUGAUCCCACCUCACCAGGAUAACACUCACGCCUCGGGACCAAUGCCUCCACCUUCGGUCGUGAUACUGAAUUCGACUCUGAUACACAGCAACAGGAAAUCCAAACCUGACUGGCCGCGAGAUGGUCACAACCCUAGCAUCGUGCCGGCCAGCCAGGCCGGUGGGCAGCCAAGCAAGAUGGCACCGACUACACAGGACCAGCCCCCAGCCAGACUGGAAGACUUCUUUGUCUACCCAGCUGAACAGCCGCAAGUUGGAACAGUUGAAGAGCCAAACCCACCGGUGAAGGAAGACAGUGGAGGGGAUACUUUCAAAGAAAUCUUUCAGUCCAACUCGCCCGAAGAAUCUGAAUUUACAGUGCAAACGCCCGGGUCGCCCCUAGUUGCCUCCUCUUUAUUAGCUCCCAGCAGUGGCCUUUCGGUUCAAAACUUCCCACCGGGGCUUUACUGCAAAACAAGCAUGGGGCAGCAAAAACCAACCGCAUACGUCAGACCCAUGGAUGGUCAGGACCAGGCACCGGACAUCUCUCCUACACUGAAACCUUCGAUUGAAUUCGAGAACAGCUUUGGGAAUCUGUCAUUUGGAUCACUCUUGGAUGGAAAACCCAGUGCACCCAGUUCAAAGACUAAACUGCCAAAGUUCACGAUUCUCCAAACAAGUGAAGUAAGCCUUCCCAGUGAUCCAAGCUGUGUUGAAGAAAUCUUGCGGGAGAUGACCCACCCCUGGCCUACUCCUCUCACUGCCAUGCAUACUCCCGGAAACUCUGAGCACAGCACUUUUUCCACCCCAGGACAGGAAUCCCAACAUCUGACCCCAGGAUUCGCCUUACAAAAGUGGAGUGACCCGACCAGCAGAGCUUCUACCAAGUCAGUACCAUUCAAGUCGAUGCUUGAAGAUGACCUGAAGCUGAGCAGUGACGAAGAUGACCUUGAACCCGUGAAGACCUUGACCACUCAGUGCACCGCCACUGAGCUCUACCAGGCUGUUGAAAAGGCAAAACCUAAGAAUAAUCCUGUGAACCCACUCUUGGCCACGCCUCAGCCCCCAGCUGCAGCACCAGCCAGCGGGGGAUCCGGCAGCUCCAGUGACUCCGAGAGCAGCUCCGAGUCCGACUCAGACACUGAAAGCAGCACCACUGACAGUGAAUCCAAUGAGGCGCCACGUGUGGCCACUCCCGAGCCUGAGCCGCCCUCCACCAACAAGUGGCAGUUGGACAAGUGGCUGAACAAAGUGACAUCCCAGAACAAGUCGUUUAUUUGCGGCCAAAAUGAAACACCCAUGGAGACCAUUUCUGUGCCUCCUCCAGUCAUCCAGCCCAUGGAAGUCCAGGUCAAGGUGAAGACGAACCCCAGCCAGGUCCUUGCUGAACCCAAAGAGCGGCCUCUCCUCAGCCUCAUCAGGGAGAAAGCCCGUCCACGGCCCGCCCCGAAAACUCCAGAAACAAAGGCGUUGAAGCAUAAAUUGUCCACAACUCUCGAGACAGCUUCUCAAAGGACCAUAGGGAAAAAACAGCCCAAAAGGGUCGAGAAGAAUACCAGCAUUGACGAAUUUACCUGGCCCAAACCAAAUAUCACCAGCAGCGCUCCCAAAGACAAGGAAAGCGUGGAGCUUCCGGACCCACCGAGAGGCCGCAGCAAAGCCACUGCCCACAAGCCCGUCCCUAGGAAAGAACCGAGGCCUAGCAUCCCCUUGGCUGCCGAGAAGAAGAAGUACCGAGGGCCUGGCAAGAUCGUGCCCAAGUCCCGGGAAUUCAUCGAAACCGACUCGUCCACGUCUGACUCCAACACCGAUCAGGAAGAGACUCUGCAGAUCAAAGUCCUGCCUCCUUGCAUGGCUCCUGGGGGCAACACUGCCAAGUCCAAGGAAGCCUGCGGCGCCAGCCUGACCCUCAGCAGCUUCAUCAGCAGUGCCAACGGCAACAACCCAUCCGUCACAAAUGAAGAGCCUACUUUCUCGCCCAUCCCUGUCCUGCAAACCGAGCUUCUGUCUCCUCUACGAGAUCACGAGAAUCUGAAAAACCUCUGGGUGAAGAUUGACCUUGACCUGCUGUCUAGAGUGCCUGGCCACAACUCACUCCAAGCAGCGCCAGCCAAGCCGGACCACAAGGAGACGGCCCCAAAGCCCAAGCGGCAGGCUGCUGCUGCAGCUGCAGAGAAAGCCGCCCCCAACCGCAAGCGCAAGCACAAGCCAACAGAAGUUGCGGAGAAAAUCCCUGAGAAGAAGCAGCGCCUGGAGGAGGCCGCCACCAUCUGCCUGCUCCCACCUUGCAUCUCACCAGCUCCACCCCAGAAGCCUCCCAACACUAAAGAAAAUAAUGCAUCCAGGAGAGCAAAUAGAAGGAAAGAAGAAAAGCUCUUUCCUCCUCCACUUUCCCCCCUGCCAGAGGACCCUCCACGCCGCAGGAACGUCAGUGGCAAUACCGGUCCCUUCAGUCAAGACAAAAGCAUCCCUCCGAUUGGACAAAUCACCUCGACCAAGCCUAAGAGGAGUGAAGGCAAAUUCUGUGCCACUUUCAAGGGGAUAUCUGUGAAUGAGGGAGACACUCCCAAAAAGGCAGCCUCUGCCACCGUCACUGUCACCAACACUGCUCUUGCCACGGCCACCGUCACUGCUACUGCCAUUGUCACGGCCACUGUCACGGCCACCGCCACGGCCACCGCUACGGCCACGACCACGACCACGACCACCACCAUUUCCACCAUCACGUCCACCAUCACGACCGGCCUCAUGGAUAGCAGCCACCUGGAGAUGACAUCCUGGGCAGCCCUGCCCCUUCUGUCCAGCAGCACUACCAACGUCCGGCGACCCAAACUCACUUUCGAUGACUCGGUUCACAACGCUGAUUAUUACAUGCAAGAGGCUAAGAAGCUGAAGCACAAAGCUGACGCACUGUUCGAGAAAUUUGGCAAAGCCGUGAAUUACGCCGACGCGGCCCUGUCCUUCACAGAGUGUGGCAACGCGAUGGAGCGCGACCCGCUGGAAGCCAAGUCUCCGUAUACCAUGUACUCCGAGACCGUGGAGCUCCUGAGGUAUGCCAUGAGGCUGAAGAACUUUGCAAGCCCCCUGGCUUCGGAUGGGGACAAAAAGCUGGCCGUACUAUGCUACCGGUGCUUAUCCCUCCUCUACCUGCGCAUGUUCAAACUGAAGAAGGACCACGCCAUGAAGUACUCCAGAUCGCUGAUGGAAUAUUUUAAGCAAAAUGCUUCAAAAGUCGCUCAGAUACCAUCUCCCUGGGUAGGCAAUGGAAAGAACACUCCAUCCCCAGUGUCUCUCAACAACGUCUCUCCCAUCAAUGCAAUGGGGAACUGUAACAACGGCCCAGUCACCAUCCCCCAGCGCAUUCACCACAUGGCCGCCAGCCACGUCAACAUCACUAGCAACGUGUUACGGGGCUACGAACACUGGGACAUGGCCGACAAACUGACAAGAGAGAACAGAGAAUUCUUCGGCGACCUGGACACGCUGAUGGGGCCUCUGACCCAGCACAGCAGCAUGACCAAUCUCGUCCGCUACGUUCGCCAGGGACUGUGCUGGCUGCGCAUCGAUGCCCACUUGUUGUAGUGGGUGCCCUCCCAUCUCCAGCAUCACCGCCGCAUCCCUCUACUUCUCCCAGGGCACCGAUGGUCACUGGUGGAACUCCACUCAUCUGGGAAAGUUCUCUCUGAUUCAGUUUGUUUUUACGCUUCUUUUGAUAUCUGUGAAAAAUGGAAGUCCUUGUAAGUGGACACUACACCUUGAGAGCAGUGUAUCGUUUACCAUUUAGUCCUUUUUCAGUAUUUUAUAUGCAUUUCUCAGGCCCCACCAUCCGUCUGUGCUUGAUGGAAUGAUCCAGUCCCCACAGUAUUGUUUUAGGUCCACACUACCCCAAACAAAGAAUGGAAAGCAAUUGGGAUAACAGGUUCCUGACAAGUGAAAUGAAAUGUCAUCUAUAUAGAUAUACAUGUCCUAUGUCAUACAGAUGUACCUAUGUGAACACAGAGAGAGGACCUGCAAAGAUGCAAAUAUGCAGCGGUAGCCAUUCCCCAAACCAGAAUGUGUUUCAGAAUCCUUUGUUAAACAUUUGUGGUGCGCAGACUCGGUUUUCAGAUGAGAAUCUUCAUUGCCAAAGCCCACUGGUUAGCUGCUGUAGCAACAUCAGAAAAUCAAGAGUAUUCAGAAAAUUAACGAGCACAGCGAUGCCAGGGGACUUUUGAGUUCGCCUACCUUUCCCGAUUCCCUAUUCAAAAAACGUCAGUGAUGAGAAGGAGUGGCAGCAGUUAUUUUGACAACCUCAAGGCAUCAGCUGGCAUAAAUAUUUUGGAACCCCAUGAUGUGAAGUGUCAGUCCGCACUGGGAUUCUCUUCUGUCAAGCUCUCCUUUUGAGGGCAGUUCCGUUGGCUCACGCCCCAUGAGCCAAAAGGCCACACUCCAGUUGUAGAGAUGAGAGACAGGAGGGGUUUGGCAGUGGUCCCAAGAAUCCACACCUGGGAGGACCUUCUUUAUUGUCUUUUGCUCAAAUCUCUGGGAACAAAAGUGGUUGUCACUGACUACAAGUAAUAAUAUACAGUUUGCUUUCCUAGUGGCUUUAAAAUCUGGACUUCCCCAGUUAUCCACAUUUUCUAUUUUACAAGGUUUCUUUUUUGCUUCUUUCUUUUUUCUUUUGCCUUUCUUUUCCUUUUCUCUUUCUUUUCUUUUCUUUUCUUUUCUUUUUUGGCUCAUUAGCUUUUGACUGAAAUACAAUCACCAAUUUUAUUCAAGUCUGUAUUAGCAUGAAUUGCUUCCAUGAACAUCCCAAAGAAAUUUCCAAGUUCGCUAAGUAGCAGCUAGCCUUUUAACACAAAAUGAGUCUUGGGGUAACCUUUCACCCUAGGGUGGCUUUGAAAGAGCCCUGAAGAUGGGGACCAGGUCACCUGAUUUGGAGAUAUUUCUACGUCAGGUGCGACUAUCUCCACCCCUCUGAUCCUCUGCAUUCAUUCGACAUCCCUAAACAUCACCAUGUAAAUAUCAUCUUCGGUGUUCCAGCUCACUAGAAGAAUCCCCCACAUGUGGUAAAAACUGUCCAUACGUUAGUUCCUUAUAAUUACCUGCCGGUAUCUUAAUUCCACAUAGCCUUUAAUCUGCUGAGUUAUUGGAUUCUCUCCACUGAGUUAUGACCAGAUCAAUAAUAGAUACAUGCACAUGAAAGAUGCAAACUUGUUUGAUUUUUAAAACAAGUCGUGCAAGUCUGUGAUGAAAGGAACAGCAAGGGAUUGCUCUGCACUCGCAUUGUCAAGGUUAGCUAUAUCCCCAGUUGCAAAGAGCCAGACUUGAGCUCAGCUCCGGUCGUCUUUGAGUUUAAGGCCCUUUGUUGCAUAACAAGGCUGUGGAAGUUGCGCGCCCGUGGCUGAGGCCACGUGGUGAAGAUGGCGGCGGGGAGCGUCCCAGCCGCUGAACCCAGGGCUUUUCACGCUCCUGGUGUGGUUGAGCUGGGCGUUCGCAGUCUCAGCACCAACCCUCACACAUGCAGACACACACCGAGACAAAACGCAACCUGAGAGAAUCUUUUCUGAGCCUCUCAAGUGAGGAAAACAAUCCUAUGAAAGACUCCAAACACCCAAGGUGGGUGUCACCUAUACAAAUGAACCUGAUGGCUUUUGCAGUGACUCCCAAGUUCUCUGUUUGUUUUGCACAGCUUACCAGGUAGCGUGCCUGACUCUUACUAUGUAAUCAAUCCCACUGGCUUGACUUGUAAGUUCAACCUAGACCACAAUCCUAGACCAUCCUGGAUUUAGGAGUAGAUUCUUCCUGAAAUCCCAGCUCCGGAAACUAGACAUUCGUGUGCUAGGGGCAGUUUCCCAGGGAAACACGCCUAUUGCCCCAGGAGUGAAAGCCUUGUAGCUCUAGUUUCCGAGAGUCAUUAUAUCUACAUCACCUACAACAGGGAGGCAGCAGAGAAUCCUGCUUGCUGCCUGAUGUGUCACCUCUGGUGGCUGAGCGUGAAGCGUGUGCCAGCGCAGCAGCACCACGGUCAAACCUGACAGUCGAGCUCAGGAUCACCACCUGCUUAUUUAGCCGACCCAUUUGUAAAGCAGCUUAGGAACCAGUUAAACAUGGAGGAGGAAUUGCCUUCCCAUCCCUGGAGAUGAGACGUCUUUCAGUCGCGUGAGUAAGGAUUGUGGCUGUUUUCUGGGCACUCUCUCUCCAUCACACUGUAAAUGGUGAUGUGUGUCGUAGGUGUGAUGCUCUUUGAAGGAUGGAGGUUUUUUUGGUCGAGUGAAUCUCGUCAGUGUACCGGUUUGUGGGAGGGAUACAAGACAGGUGGAUGGCAGCGAGAGAUCCUGCCUCGAGACCUUGACGGAGGCUUGGUGAGACGCAUCUCAAUAAGCACGUGGAGUUAGGGUCAUGGGCAGAGUAAGGGGCAGCUCCUCCUGCCUCGUGACCCGAGUAGGGCCACCACUAUGCCUUCGCUUGUCACCCAAGCUCCAACCACAGAGGAUUUGACAAGUUUGUGUUAUGAUGUUGGCUUGGCUUUGUAUUUUAAUUAACUUUGGAUUUUUUAGUGGUUUUGUCAUAUUAUUGUCUGAGUUUGGUAGGUAGGAUUAAUUUGAAAAGGGUAUACUAGUGUGGUCCUCGGGGUAGAAUUUAGCCGUGAGCAUGUUGUUAGCCAGCCUGUAGACUGUUAAUUACUUAAUAAUCUCAUUGGGAAAAUACUAGUAGUUUUAUAUUUGGAUGGCAUAAUUGGAGAAGCAGAUUAGCUGCUGCUAACUCUGCAAAGACUUGUGGUUGGGAUGCCUUUUUUCCCAUGUAAUGACAUAAAACAAGAUUCAAACCUUCAGUCAAGAACCAAGUUGCUAAACGGGAAGCUGUUGGCCAACAUGCGUUGUGUUGUGUUUCCAAAUGGAUGGAUUGGCAUUUGGCCAAACUCUUGCUAGAUGCGUUGGAUUGGGUCUUCAUGGGAAAGGGACUGGUUCUCUUGGUGUCUUUCCCAAAGCUUUCGAACUUGGAUUGUGUUGGAUUCAAAUUCGCAUCCCAGAGGCCGAAGUGGGAAAUUGAGGUUGGGAAGCAUUUCUGAAGACAGGAUCGAUUUAGCGGUGGGGGCAAAGCCCUCAUAUACUUCUCAAUAGACCUGAAAAAAUUCACCUGCGUGAGUUGGCAGGUGGGAGAAACACGCUGGAUCACUGGGUAGGACUACUCAGUCCGGCCGUGAACUGCUUGCUUAGAGAAGCAUCACUCUCCCCAUUGAGAAGAUGUGUGGCGAGACGAUGUAGCUACACCAUAUUGAAUGGAUGGGUGGAUUCAGUGCCCCCGCCCCCCAGUCAGUUCUGUGGGGGAAAAAUAUUGAGCCAGUUGUCUCUGCUCUGUUACACAACUGGCGGACUGAAUUCUCGUCGUCGUUCUUGUUGUUGUUGUUGUUGUUGUUGUUGUUGCUGUUGUUCUUUCUCAUUGCCACUCGCACAGCCUUACUCUCAGAAUGAAACUCUGAUUCAUUUUCUCUUCGGUGUUAGCAAACUCCAGCAACAGAAAUGGCAUCUGUGUUUUGAUCCUCAGCAUUUACCCUGGCAGGAGGCUAAUCGGAUAGGCUGGUCUCAGACAUGAAUCCUACCAUCGGAUAUUUUCGGGGAAAGAAAGAGUACGACUUCCCUUUCCAUUCUCCUCCUCACAGAUCUCGAAGCCCUCUUUCCCAAGAGCAUCAUGUUUCCCUCUGUCAUCCAUGGACUUAAGGAAAAUUGCAUUGUGGGGAGGGCAGAGGGCGGGUGGGGGGGUGGAGGGGAGGGAGGCCCUUCCAGGCCCGUUUUGGCUUCUGACCUGAGAUGGUAAUGACUCCUUCCUCAGGCUUACAUCCGAUCCAUGACCCAUCAUCGUUCUUCUAAGAGAUUGGAGCUUUGCUGUUUCAUUAACUGUGCAGUGUAGACUAAUGGUGUUUAAUAAAAGUCAUUGAAAAUUUCAAA